AUGGUCCGAGGCAUGAGAAUGCUAGUGAGAGUUUGGAUGGAGAUUUUCAAUGCCUCUAGUUCCGUGGUGGAGAUAUCUUCGAGGGACCCAUCCGAUAGAAUCUUGGGUCCUAGCUCCAGCUCGGUGAAGAAAAGCUUUUGCAACUUCGAUAGGGUGAAUCUUCGAACUAAAGUGGAGGGAAAGAGAGAAGAGGAUUGA